CUUUGACUUCCGGUUGGCCGUUAGGGAUCCGUUUGAAUUAGCCCCGCCCCCCGUUGUGACGCAGAUCAAAUGCGGAAAAGGGGGAAUUCUCGACGUUUGGCUGCAGGUACAGAAGCUCCAUGUUCCCCUAAAAGUCUUCCAUAUAAACCUGCCAUGUUGCAGCGUGAACGAUGACGGCUCAGUGAUCCCGUCGUCUCUCCGAUGGACGCUCCACUCACAGCCGACCCCUACCCCAGCUCCUCCACCUCCCCCCUGCCGGUGCCCCUGCUCCCCGCCGUCUUCCCGUCGGUCCAGCUCGGCUUCACCAUCCUCUACACGGCUCUGUACGCAGGCCUCUUUGUGGCGGUGUAUCUCCAGCUGUGGCUGCUCUUCCUCUAUAAGCACAAGAGAUGGAGUUACCAGAGCGCCUUUCUGUUCCUCUGUCUGCUCUGGUCGGCUCUCCGCACCACGCUCUUCUCGUUCUACUUCCACAAUGCGGUGGAGGCCAACCACCUCCCUGUCGUAGUGUACUGGCUGCUGUAUUGCUUCCCUGUUUGUCUGCAGUUCUUCACUGUCAGCCUCAUAAAUCUGUAUUUUACUCAGGUAUUACUCAAAGUUAAAGAGACCUACAGUUCUGCAAUGAACAAACGGCUAUGGACAGCGCGGUGUGCAUACGGAGCAAUGAGUCUCGUCUUCCUCUGCGUGAAUGUGGCGUGCGGGGUUCUUGGCGACCGCGACACCAGCGGGGAGAGGGGCAACAGGACCUGGAACCUCGUCCUGAUCCGCGUUAUAAUCAACGACUUGCUUUUCAUCUUGGCAGCCGUGCUGCUCGCCACGUUGCUGUUGAGUCUGGCCCGACAUUCCCGCUCCACCAGCGCCUACCUGAUGAGCAAGGGGACCACAGUGUGUCGAACAGCAGCCCUCGGAGCGGCGGUGAUCCUCUUAUACACCAGCCGCGCCUGCUACAACCUGGCAGUCCUCUACCUGUCCCAGAAUCACCGUGUGGAGUCUUUCAACUUUAACUGGUACAACGUCUCUGAUCAGGCUGAUUUACUGAUUGAACUUGGGGACCAGGGCUAUCUAGCCUUCGGCAUCAUCCUCUUCAUAUGGGAGCUGCUCCCAACCACCCUCCUCAUCCUCAUCUUCAGGGUUCGCAGACCAGCUCAGGAGACCAACAACACGGCCAUCAACAACAGAGUUCUGCCUCGGCCGUAUUUCUUUGACGACCCUCAAGGCAGCGAUGAUGAAAUUCCUGUUCCCUGGGCUCGCAGCUCGCAGUCAAACUUAAGCUGGUACGGGUCAGAGACGGCUCCUCUCCUGUGCUCCAACAACCCAGCAGAGAACAGCCACCAGCACCACUCUUUUUACUCCACCCCCCAGACCUGAACCCCACCUGCUGUCUCACCAGGGACCUGCCGCCUCCCACUGUGGACAGUUUUGCACUAAAAAGCUCAGGAAAGCUGAAAAUGCACCUUGUAGUCAAUAGGAAACAAUCUAGUGUUUCUCACCUUAAAGGGAAAAAGCUCAGCAGACUUUGAUAUUUUCCUCAUCAAACGUAAUCUCAGGUUGUAAACUUUUUUAGGACUAUGCAUUAACAAAAGUUACUCUUUUCGGCUGCUGGAGCUCCACAUAUUUUCUUAAGUCGCCGUCAUUCAACUGUAGAUUUGGAAAAAUAUCCAAACUUUAUUACAGAUAAACUAUUUAUUUUUGCAUUUUUUGCUUCACAGAAGGAAUUCCACUUUAUCACUUUGAUAUUAAGCUUUCUUGUUUUAAACCUUUAGUUCUUUUUGUACCCCAUCUGUAAAAAAAAAAAAAAAUGUUUUCUUCCCUGCUUUCCUCUUUGAAUAGUUUUAUGGUUGUGAUUUGAUAAAAGCUUUAUUUAUUUAUGUUUUUAUCCUCUAAAUGCUUCUUACUUUCAGUUUUCGUGACCAUUUACUCUCCUGUGCUGUCGACUUUCUGCCUGACUGACAUUUGAUAUGAAAACUGCAGACCAAUAAAUUUUUUUUUACAAAA